ACGUCACCGCUCCUGGAAAGGAGUGUUGUGCGCAUGCGCCAUCCUGAAUCACCUCUUCUCUCGUCACACAUCCAAGGCAGAAGGUGCAAAGUGUUUGGAUGCUUGGUGUUGGGAGUUUGCGGUAACGGCAUGCAGUAAGGUUUGGUCUGGUACUGUUACAUCAUGCAACAGUUGGAGACGAGCGUUGUGCGCUGCUGCUGCUGAACAGUUGCAUCUCAUGGUGCACUGGACAGCAGUGUGACAUUCCGUUCCAGCCGGGGCAGCAACAGGCUAGGGACUGCGCGCGAUCGGUGGUUUGUCUAACUGACCAGUACUCAAACCGGCACUCAACAACAUCUGCACAGAGGACGCACAUCCAGAGUGCAUGCUAUUUGAAUUGGCAAGGCCUUUAAGUCGUCCAUCUCUGUAAAGAUGGAUCGACUGAGACAUAGAGAUGUUGCUGCCCUUGUGGAGUCUUCAGAAGGAGAAAAGAUGGUGUCUUCUCCUGAAUCUGGCACAACUACAUCAGCGGGCCCCAAUGUUUCUUGGAUGCCUGAUACACCCAUUGGGGUAGAGCAACCAUUCUUUCUCAUGACAACAGCAGCACAGGCAGUUUCUGGGUUCUUUGUGUGGACAGCAUUGCUCAUCACCUGCCAUCAGAUCUACAUGCACUUACGGUACUACAGUAGGCCUAAUGAGCAGCGUCAUAUUGUUCGCAUUCUGUUCAUCGUACCAAUUUAUGCGUUUGACUCCUGGCUUAGUCUACUGUUCUUCACCAAUGACCAAUAUUAUGUGUAUUUUGACACAGUCCGUGACUGCUAUGAAGCUUUUGUGAUAUACAAUUUCUUGAGCCUUUGCUAUGAGUACUUGGGAGGAGAAAGUGCAAUAAUGUCUGAAAUCCGAGGAAAACCUAUUGAGUCCAGCUGUAUGUACGGCACCUGCUGUCUUUGGGGAAAGACAUACUCUAUUGGGUUUCUGAGAUUCUGCAAACAGGCAACCCUCCAGUUCUGUGUUGUGAAGCCCCUCAUGGCAAUAAUUACUGUCAUCCUGCAGGCAUUUGGGAAGUACCGGGAUGGUGAUUUCGAUGUGGCCAGUGGAUAUCUGUACAUCACAAUUAUCUACAAUAUUUCAGUCAGUUUGGCCUUGUAUGCCCUGUUUCUUUUCUACUUUGCCACACGGGAACUUCUUAGUCCAUACAGUCCUGUCCUGAAGUUCUUCAUGGUCAAGUCUGUCAUAUUCCUUUCCUUCUGGCAAGGAAUGCUUCUAGCUAUCCUGGAGAAGUUUGGGGCCAUCCCUAAGAUCCGAGUUGCAAAUGUAUCCGUAGGAGAGGGCACUGUGGCCGCUGCAUACCAGAACUUCAUCAUAUGUGUGGAAAUGUUUUUUGCUGCCAUUGCCUUGCGCCAUGCCUUUACUUACAGAGUUUAUGUGGAUAAGAGGUUGGAUUCACAAGCAGUUCCAACGUACGGGCCAUACGGUCGGUGUGCUCCAAUGAAAAGUAUCUCCAGCAGCUUGAAGGAGACCAUGAACCCUCAUGAUAUUGUACAGGAUGCCAUUCAUAACUUCUCUCCUGCCUACCAGCAGUACACACAGCAGUCUACAUUGGAGCACAGCACGCCAUGGCACAAUGGUCACAUCAUCUCUCGUACGCACAGCUGCUCCAGCACCAGAGACAAUGAGAAGACCCUUCUCCUUAGUUCAGAUGACGAAUUCUAAGUAGACAGAACCAUAUUUCUGUGCUCUAAGUCUCUAUUAUGUUGAGAGCAGAAAAAAGUUGAGAUGUGUGUAGUCUGAGUAUCUUUUUAAAUUAAAUUACAUGGAGUUUUAGCCCUUUGUACAAGCUACUUGCUGCCUCAAAAAUUCAUUAUUUUUUGAGAGGGUUUUACCCCUUAGAAAACUCAGAUCGUACUACAGCGGUUUCUAAGUAUUGCCACUUCACUGUUGGGAGUGGGGUGACAAACUUUUAAUGUGUAUCUGAAAUUCUGAAAUAAGCUACAGGUAGAGAUGCUGAAUGAAAAUGCUGCUGCUGUUCAAAAUGUCUGGAAAUGCAGAAUGUGAGGAACCCCAUAUGCACAGAGUUUUUGAUAUGAUAGGCAGUGUAUUUUGAUUACCGUGGAGUACAGCUCUUGAGAUGCAGUCCAAUAUUUUACAUCUCUGACAGUGAAAAUCCAGUCACUAAAUAUUCAGGGAAUUCAAAUUGUUUGUACUUAGUUUAAGUGUCAACCAGACCCUGGCAUUAUGUCAUGGAGAUUGUGGAACCUUUAUCACCAAUUUGUAGAUGUUACCCAGGUGCAUAUAGUUGUAAGAAAGAUAUGGUCAUCUUAAAGGUAAUGUUGAAAUUUUACAGAUUUUUUUUUCAUAAUUACAAAGUAAAAUUCAUCCUCCAUUAUUUCAAAAUAUGAAGGAGUUUCAAAGAUUUACUAAAGCUGAUUAGUGGGCUUUCAUUUUGGGCAGUAACUGGACAUUUUGUGUUUAGGCAUUGUCACUUUUUCACGAUAUCAUGCUGCCAAUCUACAUAAGUAAUGUCUUAAAAGUUAUUUAUUACUUCAUUAGCUUAGCUCAUUUUAUACAUUUCUAUGAGAAUAUUAAAUUAUUUGAUUGUGUAAGCCAAAUGUAACUUUUAAUAGUUCACUGCAACAGGAGUUGUGUGUAUAUAGGACAUACACCUAGCAAAGUUGAGCACACAUCUGUUCAAGCUGCAGAAACAGUGCUGUUAUUAUGUGCUCUGUAGCAAAAGGCAAAAUCAGUUUGGACAUCAGGUCGCCUGAGAUGGCAGAACAUUGCAAACUGGUAUAUUACCAUAAUUUAUACACUGAAGCAGUUAGCAAUAUACCUUUCUGUUUUAAUCUACAUUUUCCACAUUUGAGUCCAUUUAAACAAUAUUCCUAGAUGGGAAGAAUACUUUCCUUUUGAUAGACUCAAGCAAGCAUUUGUAAAAGUCUGAUCUAGAGAGAUCACACAGGGAUCAUACAUUAUUUUCUAGAAUUUGUGCUUACUAAUAUCACUGGUGAAAAUUUCUCUGUUGUAUCUACAAAUGGAAGAAAAAAGCAAAUAUUUAUUUUGCUUUAUUAUAUUGACAGCACACAGAAGGAUGCAGGAUGACUGAUGGUUUUUCAGUUUUCUGCAGAAAUGAAAAUGCUUUACCUCUGGUUCUAGGUAGGUAAGACUGGUCAUGUUUUUCAUUGUAUGCUCACGUAGUUCACUGUCCAGUCUUGGAACUGAAAGCUGCUUCUGUUAUUUGCAAAUCUUUCAGCCAGUUUUGUUGUUAGGUGUGGUUUAUCUGAGGGAAGCAUGCAAAAACAAACCCCCCUGCAAGGGUAGAUAAUUGUAGUCUGCAGUGGGCAAACCUCGAGAUCUGUUUUAUUAGUCUGCCACAUUACAUAAAGGAUGCAAGUUAUCUUUUCUAUAGUUUGUAUAGUAGUUAGAGAGAAGUAUCCAGAACUUGCCCACAACUUGCCCACCCACUUGCCCUUGGCUCUACCUCAUGUUCUACACAAUGCAUGCACACGUGCCUGCGCAUACACACAAUUCAUUUUUCAGGAUUAAGUGCAUAAAAUAAUACCAUAUUUGUAGGGUGAUUGUAAUGUAUGUUUACUAUUAACAGAAAGCCUCAGAAGCUAUACCUCCUGUAUUCAACAACCGUUAAAGUUGUAUGAAAAACAUGAUUGAAAGCAUAGGUUGUAAAAGUUUGUUUUGCAGCUUAAGAUUUGUAAUAUGUUCACAUGAAUUUUCAAAACAAAUAGUAAUGAAAUGAAAAUGGUGCCAGAAAUUACAUUUCAUACAGCCGAAAUAUGUGACGCAUAAUGUCAGUAGGAAAUGGCUUCAGGUGUAUGUCAGGAAUGCGAAAGUGAACAUUUCCCUUGCACUUUUCCAGAGUCAGGAAAGUGCUGUGUUAUGUUUAUACAUUAGUAAUUGGCCAUUACUUUCAGCAAAUAAAAAAAUUAUCUUUAGGGGAAAUGCUUACCAGUUUGCUGAAAUUGUUCUUGUCUGCAGCAAUGUUUUGUGACAAGUGAGCCAUUUAAGUAAAGCAUGAACUUUAUGUAUUCAUUGCCAAUCCUGUUCAUGCCAUGAUAUGACCUUGCAUUGUAGAAAGGGAGCUGUAUUUCUUCAGGCCACUGUAUUUGUCUGGCUCUAAUAAAGGGCAGCACAUUCUCUUGUGUCACAGCAACAGUAGAAUUUAAUCUGAGUCAUAGUAGCUGCAGUGAGCUUAGACCUAGUGUGACUAAACAAGAUUGUUAGCCGUAAAAGAGUGGUUAUGAAAUGCCCCCGUUGACUUGGCAGUCAUUUAGCAUAACAGUGCUUUUUUGAAGGAAUUGUGUCUAGAUGAAAAGAGUUGAAGAUUUAUUGCACUAUUGCAGUUUUUAGUAUGGACAUGUAAUGCUGAGGGUCUGUACUAACCCCACAGAGAUUGUUAAAUUCUCCAAAGUGAUUGCUGCUGCCAUGGGCAUGGAUAUACUGUCCAUACCCAACUAAGAUCAUAGUUAUGUUUUGCUCAUUUACCUGUUCAGUUUCUGAGAUAAUCAAGCAGAGUAUUGCAGUGGCUAAAAUGCAUCCCAUCUUAGAAGGCACAGUACUUGUAUUACAUUUGUGGCACUGGUUAUGGGUAUUCUUUAGAAGCAGAAUUGGUUAUUAGAGUGACUGAGUAGAGGUUUUGAAAGUAAAUAUGCCAGGAGGCACAAGACCAUAACUUGCACAUUUUUGGAAUUUAAGCAAUUUUUUUUUUGUUUUGAUGAUUUGCAAGAGUAGUUUCAGUAGCUUAACAGGUAGCACAUUAAUUUUUGGUGCUGGAAGAUGUGAAGGUCAUGGAUUCUAUUUGCACAUCAGGUAGUUGGAUUCAUUUUCCAAUACUGAGAUUGCAGUGCAGCAUAAGUGAAGUGCUACACUCCUGUGUGCCCUGUCCUUUGCAAGAAACAUUAAAUCAAGGCCAUAUCUGCCUGAGCUUGUGGUAGCUCAGGUGGAUGUGCAACUCCAGUACACUUAUUGAAGAGAGUACCUGAUACCUUGGCAAAUUUCCUCCACACAGUAUGAAUACCACCUUGAGGCUCCCUGUAAAGAGACUAUUGGCCUAGUGUCACUAACUGUGUCAUCGGAGUGUAAAUAAAUAUGUAAGUGAGGUUAGAGCGCAGACUUGUUAGGUAUUGAAAGAGCUUUGGUAUUGUUUUAAUUGCAGUAUGUGACAGCAGGACCACCUUCAAGUAUGUGCUUUCAAAUCUCAAUGAAGCUAUGGUCAGUACAUGCCAUGGAACAGUUAAAAUGCAUUUGAAGAGAACAUCAAGUGUGUUGUAACAUUUCUUUCUUUCUUUUCCAGCAUAAGCAACAGAUUUAGUUUAGUUUUUUGUCAUCCUCUUGAGUUUACAGAUGAUUGUUGUGUUCAGAGUAUUGUCUUUUGAGGUUUAAGUUUGGAAAGAUGUUGCAAUUUAUAAUUGGGGACCUACAUAAAGCCAAAACAUUGAUUAAUCUUGACAGUUACGAAAAGGCUUGCAGUUAAGGUAUUACUGCACCUUUUGUACAAACUACAUUUUGGAUCUGGGAGUUUUAGGAUUUAUGUCACAGGUGUAGGUUAGGGACUGUGUCUUGGGUGGAGUUAUGUUGUGUCUUCCAUCGGAGACCAUAGAUGUCAUUUGAUGAUGGUGUUUUUUGUGUAGCCAUUAAAUGUACACUAGGCCAUGUCAAGUAGAGGCUUUUUCCUAAUCAGCUUUGCACGAGCCUUCACAAAAUUAGUUUUCUGUUUUAGGUAUACUUAGAGCUGCCCAGAUGCUAGAAGUUGUUCUUGUUGCACCAGCCAGUCAGUUUUGGGGAAUUUCAGACAUGCCAGUGCUUCAGCUGCAUGUUUGCUGCUAUGCUUCUAGAUAAUACUCCCAUACCUCUGUGGCUGUAGUUUUAAGCCAUUAAUAACAUGUUUACAACUUUAAAAUAUCAAAGCAUUUUCAGUGUCAAACUGUACUCAGGGUGCUACAAGUGUUCAUAGUAUGUGAAUAUUUUUCACUGUGUGAGUGCAUGUGCUCUAAAUCCAGUCUUUCCUUGCAGUUGUCCUUUUAAAUGGUGUGAGUGAAUUUUGCUCCAUUUUUCAGGAUGUUUUUGUGCUGUAUACCUGGUCCCUUCAGGAAACCCAAGUGGUUUAUUAAAAAGAAAUGCACAUUUGAUGCACAUGCGUGCUUGCGUACACACACACACACACACACACACACACACACACACACACAUACAUACAUACAUAUGUAUUCUGGCUGACAUCUCCCUUUCUUAGUGGUGUGUACAUGGUGUAAACCCAGUAAAUAAUAAAAACUUAUGGCUUUGUGCAUUUAGUUUCUAAUGCAUGUAGAAAUUGAGACUUGAUGAAAACUCAAUUCCUGGAUGAGACUAUGGGGCAGUGAUUCUUGAUGAAAAAAAGAAAUGACUGUACUUUAAUUUGAAGUUGUUCUUAACUAGAUGUGUUAAAUCUGUUAUUGUUAGAACUUGUUUUGGUGAUUUUAGUUUGUUUAAUUAUAAGUAGUAUUGUCCACUUAUGACCAGUAAGCUUUCGUAUUUUGGCAGUUCUUUGUUCGGGCUACACCUGCCACUAACACACUUUUGCUUUGCAGGGUAACAACUGAAGUAUUUUAAUUCUAACAGACUGACAGCUGAUACAGAGAGUAUCUCAGAUUUGUGCCAGUAGGAAACUUCCAUAGAGCUGUGCCUUGUUGAUUUCUUCGCAAAUAGCUUGCUCAUAGGCAGAGGAAGAAGAGUUAAAAAAAUCUUUUUUUUAAUUUUAGAAUAGUCAUUGCAUUUAUAACAUGAUUAUUUUAAAUUAGCGCAACCUUUGAGAAGUUUUAAAACUGAACCAAUACAACCCCUACAUUCUACACUGUCACUAAUAUGGAGAGAAGGUUCCAUUCCAACUGUUUAUGGUUUCCAAAUGUAUAGGCGGCAGCUGAAUAAAUGCCCCUUACCAGGCAGUGCAGAUUCAAAUUCUGGGAGGGAUUUGACACUUCUUACCCCAUAUACACAGGAAGGUAAUGUUUCCACUGCACAGAGGGUUUAGGCAGCCGCCGAGUAGUUGCACCUUAUUAACAAGUAGUGCAUCUUCAGAUUUGGGGGUUCUGUUGCUUCUUGCAUCUGAUAUGUGGUAAUAUAACAUUUCUGCUGGACAGAAUAGUAAGAUAUUUGCAGAGUAAGUGUCCCUUAUUAACAAGCAGUGUGGGUUCAAAUUCUGGACUUUUGACACUUCUUGCUCCAAAAAUAUGGUAAUACAGUGUUUCAACUGCUCAGUUUCUUUAUAGUGUUUGAGUGGUGCUUUUGAUGCAAUACAUACAGGCCAUCAGUGGGAACUGUGUAUACCAUCAAAUAAAAGACUGAUUUUAGUGGUUCCUGCAUUCAUCAGAGUAUAUUUUGUUUAUUGCAAACAUCUCUUGUUUUCAUCUUGAUUCAAGUUACCUGUUGUUUCAUCCUGUACACAGUAUAGUACUGGUUCACUAUCAGAAUUCAUUGAGACAAGUUUGACAGAAUUCCCAUUGCAAUAUAAUUCGGGUACAAGUGACAUGAGUUGAGAGUUGGUUGAGUGCUAAUUACCGUGCCUGUCCUGUUUUCACAGAGGAUCAUUGCACUAUUCAAAUAUUUUGCCCUAUAUCUUUGUCUUACUCUCAUAUCCUCCACUGCCUCUUCCAGACUUUGUAACAUGCUUGUGUAAUUUUCCAGAGUUACAAUAUUGUAUAUAGGAGAUUAAAAUACUGUAUGAUACAAGAAAGAAUUGCCUAGUUUUGUAUCUUUGGCCCUUUUAUCUUUAUGUGUAUUCCUAAAAGCUCAGAGAUGCUGCUUCUAUUUUGGUCUUUGUGAAGUUACUGCUAAAAAAAUGAAACAAAAAUUAUAAAUAAAAGUUCUAUAGAUUGUCA